GACGGGCCGAGCGCACUGACGAUGCCACCAUCCGGAGCAGAGCAAAGUGGAGGUGCCGGAUCAUCUUCAGUUGGUGGUGCUGGGGGUGCAUCCAUGAUGUUGCCUCCCGGGAGUGGUGGAGUUGCAGGCGCUCUCAACGGAGCUACAGCAAUCCAAUUAGCACGCGCUGGUAGCGUCACUCCCGGAAUAGGCGCAUUCAAUCCCGCCCUCGGUGGUAAGGGCUCCUUUCGUCCAGCUAAAAUGCAUGGAAAUAAGAAGCUCGCUGGUGGUCCGCCUAAACCUCGGGCGCCGCCAUUCAGCAAGGGCGCCGCGCCUUCACCUUCGUUCUUGCCGCCAGCAAAUGGCGCAUCUGGUGCAGCAGCAGCAGGCAGCACAGGAGCUAUAACUGCGGCUGCUGGAGGUGGAGGCUCCUGUACAAGUUUGGCUUCGUCAAGCGCGACGAUGGGCACGCGAGGAGGCAGCUCGGGGCAACAGCGAGAGCACAUCUGCGCGAACACUGUCGUUGACGAGAUGUGGUGCUUUUCACAGGGGACCACGAGUUUGUACUACAUCGACUACCAGGAGAUUUUAGAGCGAAAACGAGUGACGAAUCUCCCCUCAGCGCAGCAACUGAACGCGCAGUGGAGGCUAGCCCAGAGUUUCGAGAUGCUGAGACGGAGCGGAACCCCCAUGCUCAAUUUUACGCCGUCCAAGCUGUUGUCGAACGCGCUCUCAAGAGGAAAAGAGUUACCCUACACCUUUACAAGAAAAAGCACUGGAGGAAGUGGAGGCGGUCUUCUAGGAGGAGGUGGACCAACAUCAAGUGCUUCAUCUUCUAGUACAACAACUCCAACUGCUUUCUCCAACAUCGUCAACAACUCGUCGGCUACCUCCACUACGCCCUCAGGUGUAGCUGGUCAAGCUCAAGCCAGUGUUUUCUCAACAGAUGGGACUUCCACGGCUGGUCCUGCAGGUACAACUUUUUUAUUGCCUGGAGAAGGAAGUACUAGUACGACUUGUUUCGGUGUGGCUUCUGGAGGUGCGGUCACGCCUUGGUCAGGUUCCGCGAUUCCUACUUGGUCUGGAUCGGUGACUCCUAAUCCACUAGGUGAUAAGAAUGCUGCCACUACAUCAGCUGGCGGAGGCACAGGACAGCUCACGCCGUUUCCAGGGAUGGGCAAUGACGUAAAAAUCGGUGGACCACCAGCUGCAGGCGAAAAUAAUAGUGCUAGUUGUACUGGUCCAGGUGCAGGUGAACAAACAGGAGGUGUCAUCUCCAAUGCGGGUUGUUCCUCUUCUUCCUCGUCCCCGCCUCUGGGACCAACAGGGACGCCUUCCUCCCCCUCUCGGCAGCCAGUUCUGGAUCUAGAACCCAUUGCCCUGGGUGCGCAGAUGCGUUUGGGCGUCGUCUUCUCGCCUGCUGAUGUCAAGACCGCGAUAAAUGGGUGGUCGCUCUUGCACGAAACCGCCCAGAUGGAACGAAGAGAUGCGGACCUGAUCACGCAAGCACUUUUGAAGCGAAAGAUUGACCCGAACGUGGUCGACCAAGAGUGGAGGCAAACGCCAAUGUUCUACGCUGCGAACAUGAAUAAAUGCGACGUACUACUUAUUGUCCUACAAGAACUGUUCUUUCAUCUGCUAGUUGUUGAUGUACUUGUACACAUUCAUAAUGGGUAUUCCUAGUAUGAAAAUUCAUGAGUAAAGAUUUUACUAGAAACAGUAUCAUGGCAUCAACUUAGAUUCCUUAUCUUCUUAUACGCAGAAUCAAUGAAUACGUCGCAUACAAAUACUCGUCUUUCAACAUCACAUGUUGAUCUUCACAAACCACAAAUCCUUUCACCAAAACACCUGCACAGAUCAUCGUGAUGAUGAUUCAGCACGGCGCUAAGCCACGGCACAUGGAUAGCAAUGGGCAGCCCGCGUUAUUCUAUGCUGCCAAGCAUAACGCGAUCGAUGUCGCGAAAAUGUUUGUGGAGGAAUUCAAUGUGCCAAAGAAUUUGCGGGAUUCGAUGCGCAGAACGGCUUACUACUAUGCGGAGAAAGCAGACGUCAAUGGCUCGCACGCGCAAAUCAAAGAUUAUCUGCGACUAGAAGGACCAGCAGCACAGGGAACAACGACGACGGCUACAGCAACUUCUGGUGGAGGCGCGGGGGCACCAGCUUCCCAACCUACUGGGGACAUCAAGGAUAAUCCGUCGAGUUCUUCAGGAGCCGAGGGGGAGGCUUCUGUAGCCUCUGAAGACGGUGGAGACAAAUCGGUUCCAGUCAAGAUACAACGUGGCGCGGGAAGAAAAACCAGAUCAGCAAGGCAAGGUACAGGAGGUGUCCAAUAGAAUCAAUUACAGGAGCACGUUUCUACGUGAUGAUUCUUCUUGCCCAAGAGUACAUGAUGAUGGUGAAAUUGCCAAGAAUCUAUGUAAGUAGUUGUGUGCUACAACAGAGUGUCGACGUCCAUGUGACUAUAGAUAUUAAUAUCAGGCAGGUGGGAUACUGGUACUGAUACUAUCGAUGUACAGCAGGAGAAUGAAAACUCUACGACCUCUCAUCUUACCCAUUUCUUAUGUUACGAGUCAUCAGAUGUUGUGAGGUGAGACUCAUCUGGAGACGACCCCUUCUUGAGGGGACGACUGCUCGGACCCCAUUCAUUUCUUCUUGAGCAAGACAAUGCUAAGAUAACAUGCUUGGCGAGACCCCUGUGAGGGUCAAAUUUAUUCGCAAAAUAUAUAACGAGGAGUUUGAUCUUCACCAAAGAAUUUGUCCAAUCUAAAAUUUUAUGGUUCUUCGAACUUCUCGUCGUUGUUGAUCAUACGAC